AUGGCUCUCCUGACCAAGACUCUGGCUUCACUGGCCUUGGGUGCUGCUGUCGCCCAAGCCCAGCUUUGGGACAAGGUCAUUCAAACCUCCUACGGUCCCGUUGAAGGGUUCCAGUACUUUAACCAGUCCACUCUGGAUAAGUACUUUGAUGGCGCCGAGUCCAACGUCGCCGCUUUCUUGGGUAUUCCUUUCGCUGCCGAUACAGGAUAUCAGAACCGGUGGAAGGCACCGCAGCCCCGCGAGUCAUGGAACAAGACGUUUAAAGCCACGGACUUUGGCCCAGCCUGUCCUAGUGCCUCAUAUUCCGAUAUUAGUGAAGACUGCCUCAGUCUCAACAUUUGGACCAACGCCGAGACCGUUGAUGCCAAACUUCCUGUCAUGGUUUGGAACCAGGGUUCCGGCGAAACUAGCAACCAGGAGUGGUGGUACGGUGGUGGCAUGGCAUUGAAGGAUGUCAUCCUCAUCACCUUCAACCGACGUGACGAUGCAUUCGGCUAUCUCGCUGCUCCUGAACUCAACGAAGAAGGCUACAAGCUUACUGGCCACAAGACCUCUGGUAACUAUGGUGUUCUGGAUCAACUGGAGGUUCUCAAGUGGGUGCAGAAGAACAUUGCCAAAUUCGGUGGUGAUCCUGACCGUGUCACUGUUGCCGGUCAGUCUUUCGGCUCUUCUCAAGUCUACCAUGCGGUCAAUAGCCCUCUCUUCACGGGCUACUUCCACGGCGGUAUCUCCCAGUCCGGGAUUAGAUACCCCUACGAUACCAUGCUGGCUGGCCUCGCCACCUCGUAUGUCAACAUGUCUACUGCCAUCUCCAAUAGUGCUAGCUACAUCAAGGCCCACAAUGUUUCGACAAUUGAGGAGAUGCGCACUCUAUCCAUGGAGAGUCUACUAGUUGGUUCCUCAGAUCGCGUCACCAACAGCUCCAUUUGGUGGGUGACCGCACUAUCUGCCGGUUAUCCUUUGAUCUUCAAGCCUGUCCUGGACGACUACGUGCUUCCCUCCAAGUACAUCGAAACCUUGAUCAAUGGCCCUGCCAACGAUGUCCCCGUGAUCACUGGUAAUACCAAGGACGAAUCUGGUGCCUCUCCCAGCACCGACUACACCGUUGAUGAGUACGAGUACUACUGCGGACUCAAGUACGGCAAUCUCUCCAGCGAAUACUUCAAGCUCUACCCCGACCAGAACAACGAUACCAUUGCCUCUCAGGCCUGGAACGCUGCUGCUCGCGAUCUCUCUCUUGUCGGCUCGUGGGCCUACGCCACUGACUGGUACAAGUCUGCCACUGCAAACUUCUAUACUUACUACUGGACCCAUGCGCCCCCGAGCCAGGAUCAGGGUGCCUUCCAUCAAUCUGAGAUCAUGUAUGCGCUUGGUGCUCUCUACGCCAAUUCCGAUACGUACGCUUUUACCAAGAUCGACUUUGAGAUCCAGGAGAAGAUGUCGUCCUACUGGGCCAACUUUGCGAAGACCCUCAACCCCAACAAUGGUGGCUCCUACAAGGGUAGCAAAUCGUUACCGCGUUGGAGUCCCAACAGUGCCGAUGGUACUCAGAUUGUCAUGGAACUCGGUAAUCAGUUCAAAGAUGUGCCCAUUGCGAAGCCAAAGCAGGUGGAGUUUAUCAUGGACUACUUCCAUCAACAGGUUCCCUAUUAA